AGCAUCAUUUACUUCCCAUGUGCGCUUCAUGAGAAUGUGGUGUCUUGUCCUCCUCAUAUACUUGGUCAUGCACACAGAUAGGUGCAUCUCAGACGUGAGUGAAGCCGUACUCUGCAAGUUUGAUCCCGAGUAUGCAGACUUGCAAAGGGUCUGGUGCAAACAGGACUCUGAGGACUGCUGUACGGGCUACGCCUUUGGUGAGAGCAUCACGGCCCUGUACAAUGGAAGCGUGGAGGUCAACAACACGGCCAAUGCCUUCACCAUUACUGUGCACAAUCUGACUGAAGGCAAUGGGAUGUACUGGUGUGGCUUGAUGUUCAGCAAUGAAACAAUCAUGAAAUUGGCGGAGAAAUACUUCUCAGCAGACCCUUCACUGUUUGAGCAAGUCUGGAGCAUUUUGCGCCUGGUGCUAUUUGCCGUGCUUGUACUAGCAUUUGUCAGUACUUACAUGCUUACCCGUGUUGCAGAUCCAAACAAGAAAAAGGUGACUGAUGACGGAUAUGAGAACGUUGCAUUGCAUGGCCACAGGAGAAGAGGCCGACAGGCUAGUAGUGACAACACAGUCACUGAAGAGUAGCUGCAAAAUCCUCUCUGUGGUUUUCAAAUCUACUUCCUGUGUGACAAUUUUUGUUCACAGUAAUGAGCACCAGUUUCUGUCGUGUUAAAAGUAGCCAUUUUAAGUUGUUCAUUUUCAAAAUGUUAGCUGCCCAUCCACAAAUGUGAUCUUUUCACGAAUAUUUACUGAAUAAUAAACUUGCUAGCCUGACCUAAGACUGUAGUCAAAUAUGCCUAUGACUGGUACUUCAAAAAGGCGGACAAGGAGAAGAUCCUCCUGUAUACGUAUGAAAAGUGUGCAUUUCCUAGUCAUAAUGAAUAUUUAUACAAAUUGACAGUGGUAGUAAAUAUUCACAAAAA